AUGUCGGGCCAGAACAGCACUUCUGAGAGUGAUCCAACACUCGACGAUACACUCGCGCAGGAUGAAAUGAAGAUAACUGCUACUGCAGAAGGAAAGCAAGAAGAGAUAAAGGGAAAAGGAGACGAAAUGCCCACGCUCGACGAUCUUGCAGCAAGAUGCACCAUGUUUACUGGGCUCACAGCUAUGACCCCUUGCUUGACGGCUCAAGAGUCAUUCUGCGAGCUACUCCGCUGGUGGAAAGACAAAAUCAUGGAGUCAUCUGGCCUGCAGCUGACCAACUUUAACGUCACCAUGAAAAAGCGUGGACACCGCUCCAAUGUAAACAUCCCCGCGGAGGUCGCUUUCACCGCGCAAGAUGAAUCUGGAAAGCCUCUUGGCUAUGUCCACUUCAUGAACAGCAGAGAUGGCAAGGGCGGCAUCGUUGCAGUCGCUGUACGAGACGUGGUUCCUAUGCAGCCCCAGAUGGUAGUCCCUGACUUCAAGCGACCCAAGGAAGCUCAAGAUGUUCGAUUCACCCACCGUUCAGAACUCGGCUUGGGAAGAUCCGUCCUCAGUUUCUUAGGAGCCGGUACAAACCAUGGUGUUAUCUGCAGAACGGGGAGUUACAAAUGGAAGUUCAACUUUGGCCCAGAAGGCCAGCUCAUGGCCUUCAUGACAGCCGUAGACAAAGACAAAGCCGCCAAGGAGAUUCGACUAUCGACAGUCCCACACGGCAGUCAAUAUGUCCCUUUUCAGCCUCAUCCGGAGAGCGAUACUGUUUUCAUCAUCGGAGCUGAUAGGCAGUCACCGGGGAGAUGCGGGCGAGGGAAGUACAUAUACCGUUCCAAGGUCACCCCCAGAGAGUUCAACAUCUGGUGCGAAGUCGCCUUAUUUCUACAGGACAUCAAGAACGACGAUAUCAUCAAGACCGAUAUGGGCGACCUAAUCCUCGAUUCCAAAUAUCGUGGCAAAAUCUACCUCAAAGGCUUUCUCCUGAGUGACACGACCCGCAGGGGCUAUGCCAGCUUGUCGAAGAAGCCGCUCAGAUUCGGGUACAACAUCCUCCACGGAACUCCAGAUGAGGGACACCUCAGCAACAUGCUCGACGACUGGUACGGGGGAGAUGUUGAGCUGGCCACGAAGUUCAUCAAGAAGGACACCAUCUUUCUUCUCGGAGAUCAUCUGUUUCUUGAUCGCUCAAAGUGGUACUAUCCUACUGGCUCAAGACCGGACCCCGAAUGCUUGAAGACUCUCUCGAACUUUGGUCGACAGGCAGUAGAACUGCGAGACUCGUACUAUUCCAUGCUGACGCCCUACGAAACAGUCAAUCGAAAGUUAUACGAGCACAUUCCUCGAGUACUCAACGCAGAGCCGGUUUCUAUACCAGACACACUAUUUGCCGCAGUCGUUGACAAAGCUCUUCGGUCCUGUCUGUCUGCAUGCAAGCAUACAGAAACUCUCCGCGUCAUGUUUUUCGACGCACGACAUGUUCCUCAUUGGACUGUUUUAGUUGAUGGGAAUGUCGUCAGAGUACCCAACAUGUGGCUCGAUCAGGAAAAUUUGGGGCUGAUUCACGACAUUCUGGGUGGUGAUGAGUUACCCGAGGAUUUGAUGUCCUCAGUUACGAGCGCCGUGUUUCAUCUCGUUCUCAAGCAGGUCCCCAUUGACAAGGAAUCCUUUGACCGACACAAGGCUGUUGUGAUGCAGAGGUUCCUGGGCUAUGCCAGGGAGGAGCUGAACUCCAAGAUGCUCAAUCUAAGCUUUGAGCCUGGUUCAGGGGCUAAUUUAGCAAAUGUCUCUUGGGAGACUACAUUUUCUUCCAAGAAUGUCUGGAACUAUCAUGUCCAGUUGCAUCAGACAGAAACAUGUCGACAUCACCAGAACGCUGUUCUCGUUCGAGAUAUCAUGCCCACAACCCUGACCUGCAUCAACGACACAUGCCACAUCCAGAGAGUAUUCCGCACCCAGGAUUUCCGACAAUACUGCAUCAAGGAUUGCCUUUUGGGGAAAGAGUACUUUGGCAUCGUCUACAAUCCCGAUGAAUUCCUUUCCAUCCCCCUCGUCACAAGUACUUUCACGGUACCAAUGGACGUGAGCACCGCCGAUGACUAUGAUGUUGAGAUGGUACUGGAGGACAUCGAAGAUCUACAAAACCGACUAUCUUCUUGA